AGUUCUAGGUCUACGUAGGCCGUACGAUAGGGUUCUAUGACAGAGGAAUCUAUUCUGAUCAGAUAUUAAAAGUAUGUACGAAUGGCCUUAGAAAAGAAAGACCCACUUAAGGUUAUUCCAGCAAGUUCAAUCACUGUUAUACAGAAGAAGAAACCACAGAAAAUAUUGGACGAAGACACAUACACAAAGGAUGUUGAACACAUUAUAGAAGAAGACUUUUUUCCUGAUCUUCCUGACUUAAAAUCCAAAGCAGAAUACUUUGAAGCUCUAGAAAAAAAUGACCUUGUAAAACUACGAAAGUUUCAGCUUAAGUUUACUGGUGGAAGGCCUGCCACAAACAGGACAGACUGUAAUUCACCUGCAACAUUUGAAACACCAGAUAUUAGACAAAAUGAUGGACCAACAUCAGAAAAAAUAGAUGAAGAGAAAAAUAAAGAGGAGAAAGAUGAAACAAGCAACAAAAAACAACCAAAAUUAUCACUUGAUGCAUACAUGUCAAAAAACACAAGUGAAGACAAUGCAUCAUUUGCUGAGAUUUUAGAGGAGACACAAAAACAACACAGAGAAAAACAUGCUUGGCUGUUUGAGAAUGAAAGUAGUAGAAAACAAGAAGAAGAAAAUAGACUUGCUUUACCAAGCAUAGAACAGCAGGCAGCAAUAGAAGCUCCCCAAGCAGGCGUAGACACAUGGAAAUACCAGGCUCGUAACAAUCUGAUGUACGUUCCUGAUGGUGCAGACUUCAGUGCACAAGAAAUCAUAGAUGCUCAGCAGAAAAAACCAAGAAAAAUAGUACAUGAGAACACACGCUUUACACACUGUCCCUGGAACAAAAACAAAAAUCAGGCUCUCAUAAAAGAGGCUGCCUCAGCGAAGGCCAUCAUCAAUCAGGGGAAAAUAGGACAUGAUGGCAAGGAAAUACUUCCAGCCGAGUCCCCGCGGGUGAAUGGCUAUGGAUUUGUGGGAACUCCCUCUCCAGCUCCAGGUGUUGAUGAAUCUCCUUUGAUGACUUGGGGAGAAAUUGAAAGUACCCCAUUCAGAUUGGAGGGUGGGGAAACACCACUUAUUGGAUCUGGACCAGCAUUUAAAAUUCCAGAAAUUCCCAAAAGGGAUCAGUUAGCAAUGGAUUUAGCAGAGAAAGCCAGUAAAUCUCACCGAGACAAGAAGGAAAAGGCUCUCCGCAGUGUUCAGGCUAGAUUAGCAUCACCAUUUUCACCCAAGUUUGGACGUAGUACAUCGGACAGGAUAAGCUCCAUGUCACCAGCUGCCCAGAGGUUAGCUCACUCACGACUGGGAAUCCGAUCCAACACAGACAAAGCUCUUCGAGCCAGUUACACCCCUUCUCCCUCCAACAGACUUCCUGGGGAUAAGACACCUAUCAGUCUUACCCCCAGUCGUACCCCUAAGAAUGGCACCCCAUCAGCAGUGCGGACACCAGGCAGUAAGAGAGAGGGUGGGGAUGUUCAGUCCCUCACAGACAAUCUAUUACAGCUCCCCAAGCGACCUAAGGCUGCAGAUUUCUUCUGAAGUAUGCUGUUUGAAUCACUGGGAUAUUACCCAGUAUUUCAUGAUGAAAAUUUUCAGUGAAGUUGUGGUGAAGAGAGCAGUGCAACAUAUUGUGUUCAGUGUGCUACAGAAUGAUGUUUUGUGAAUAACAUGCACAUCAUUAUGUACAGUCCUUUUCAAUGUAAAGCAAAAAGCAGAUAACACUGAAUUUUUUUAUGUAAUUAAAGUUAAAAUUAAAAAAAUUGCAAAUGUUCUGUUUCUGGUCAACAGUAUACGAAAGUACUUUUAAUACAUGUACAUCAAAAUAAUUUAAGAAGAUCAUAGAUUUUAAGUUGA